AUGAACAUUUUGUUGAUAUUUCUGGCUGUAUCCUGGCAAGUCGUAAGUUCCAAUCACCUUUUUCAAACAAAAUACAUCGACACUCCUCUGGAUCACUUCACCCUCAACACCAACAAUACCUUCAAGCUAAGAUACCUGGUGUACGGUCAGUUCCACGUCAAGGGAGGGCCCAUAUUCAUCUACACAGGCAAUGAAGGUGAUAUCAUGAUGUUCGCCCAAAAUACUGAUUUCAUCUUCGACAUCGCUCCAAUCUUCAACGCUUUAAUAGUGUUCGCCGAACACCGAUAUUAUGGGGAGUCUCUGCCAUACGGAAACCAAACUUUUUCCAGACCAGAAAACCUCGUUUACCUAACGACAGCCCAGGCACUAGCUGAUUACGUUUACCUCAUAGAAGAACUUAGAAGGAACUUCUUCAGUACGAUGAUCAGUAAGGAUACGUAUCCUUUCGUAGCUUUUGGUGGAUCUUACGGAGGUAUGCUAGCAGCUUGGUUGAGGAUGAAAUACCCAAAUUCUGUGCUAGGAGCUAUAGCAUCUUCAGCCCCUAUUUGGUUCUUCCAAGAUUUAACUCCUUGUGAAUUGUUCUACGAUACCAUAACCAGAGUGUUUGCUCAUUUUGGUACCGAUCAUUGCAACAAAACUAUCAAGGCUACCUGGGAUGUUAUACGAAAUGUGACCAAAACAAAACAAGGAAAACUAUAUCUCUCUAGUUUGUGGAAGAUCUGUAAUAAUCUUCAAACUGCUGCUGACGUCGACAAACUGAUCGAUUGGUUGAGCAACAUCUAUGUCAACCUAGCCAUGGUGAACUACCCUUACCCCACAAAUUUUCUAACUGCCCUACCAGCUUACCCAGUCAAGAUAUUUUGCGACAAGCUCAACAGCUUCAAAAUCGAAAACCAUGGUACUCUUUUGGAAGCACUGGGGGCAGCUUUAGAAGUGUAUACUAACUACACGGGCAACACCAAGUGUAACAAUAUCAACGUGACUUCGGAAGAUCUAGGAGAAUACGCUUGGGACUAUCAAGCUUGCACUGAGUUAGUGAUGCCCAUGUGUUCCACAGAAAAUGACAUGUUUGAGACCGUACCCUGGGAUUUCAAGAAGUACUCCGAAGACUGCUUUAAAAAAUUCAACGUUAACGGGUCUAGUCCUUACUGGCCAGCUCUACAAUACGGUGGAAAAAACUUGAGAUACUUUUCUAAUAUAGUAUUCAGCAAUGGUCUGAUGGAUCCCUGGUCUUGCGGAGGGGUGUUGCAGAAUGUUUCUUCUAGUGUUUGGUCUGUUAAUAUAACAGAUGGUGCGCACCACAUCGACUUGAGGGGCUCGCAUCCUGCUGAUACGAACUAUGUUACCGAAGCCAGAAAGUUUCAUAUAAGUGCUAUAAAAAAGUGGUUGAAUAUGAAUUAG